AUGCCUAUCUCAAAGAAAGACCGCCGCACCCGCGAGCACAAGAAGGGCGACGCAGCAGGCACCCGCGCCGCUGUCCGUCCCAACGGCACACCUGUCAAGGCCCCGAAGCCCACGAGCAUCUGCCAAAACUGCCGCAAGGAAAUCGUCAGCACUAUGCGCGUGCAGCUCGAAGAUCACGCCUCGACCCACUCCGGCGAGUGGACCAAGGAGAAGUGCUGGCCGAACGAUUUCCCGGCCGAGGGCGCUGCUGGUGCCGCCACGACCUAA